AUGGAUGAUGAAUUUAAUGUGACCUUUGUAACUCUUGGUGGGCAUGUGGAUGUUGACAAAUACAGAUAUAUUUAUUUUAUAAUUAUAUUUAUGGUAUAUAUUCUAAUAAUCUGCAGUAAUUCUACAAUCGUAUACCUGAUCUGGAUUCACCAAAACCUCCAUGAGCCUAUGUACAUUUUCAUUGCAGCUGUGUUACUGAACUCUGUUCUUUUGAGCACUGUUAUCUACCCAAAGCUUCUGAUUGACUUUUUAUCUGAAAAACAGAUCAUAUCUUAUUCAGCUUGUCUCUUUCAGUAUUUCAUGUUUUAUUCGUUAGGUGGUUCAGAGUUCUUACUCUUGGCAACCAUGGCCUAUGACAGGUAUGUGUCUAUAUGUAAACCUCUGCAAUAUCCAACUAUCAUGAGAAAAACCACUGUGAGUAUAUUCUUGAUUUUAGCUUGGCUCCUGCCUGCCUCUCAGGUUGCACUGCCAACUGGAUUGAUUGCUAAUAAAAAACUCUGCAGCUUUACUUUGAAAGGAGUUUUUUGUAACAACACAGUUUAUGAACUUCAAUGUGUUGUCUCAAGUGAACAAAUUAUAUAUGAUAUGGUAAUUUUACUAAAUAUUGCACUUCUCCCUGUGCUUUUCAUAAUUUUCACAUACACCAGGAUACUUAUAAUCUCCUACAGAAGCAGUAGAGAAGUCAGGAAAAAAGCUGCACAGACCUGUUUACCUCACCUGUUGGUUUUAAUCAACUUCUCCUGUUUGUGUGCAUAUGAUGUUAUUACAGUUCGGUUGGAAUCAGAUUUUCCAAAAACUGUACAUUUAAUAAUGACGUUACAAAUUGUAAUCUAUCACCCUCUCUUUAAUCCAAUAAUGUAUGGACUAAAAAUGAAAGAAAUCUCUAAACAGCUCAAGAGGUUGUUCUUUCCAGCCAAAAUCAUCUGA